GCUGAAGCCAUGAUGGAGAGAGUUGCAGUGCGAGUUGGCCUCCUUGGGCUGCUGUUCGCCUGCGUUACUUCAGCACCAACCAAUGUGAACAGGGACUGGGACAUCUACAGCUUCCACAUCAACUCCACAGUGACCAGUCGCUAUGCAACCACUGUCAUCACCAGUCGAGUGGCCAAUCGGAUCGACCAGUCAAAGGAAAUUGAAUUCCAUGUCAAGAUUCCCAAGAAUGCCUUCAUCAGUAAAUUCAGAAUGACCAUUGAGGGAAAGACAUAUGAUGGGGUUGUGAAACAGAAGGAGGAGGCCCAGCAGCAGUACACUCAGGCAGUGUCUCGUGGACAAAGUGCUGGUAUAGUCAGUUCUGUGGGGAGGACCCUUGAGGAGUUUAAGACAUCUGUGACUGUGGCUGCACUCAGUAAGGUGACCUUUGAACUCACAUAUGAGGAGCUGCUGAAACGUCGCCUGGGAAAGUAUGAACUCUUGAUCCACGCUCGACCCAUGCAGCCUGUUGCUGAUUUCAAGAUUGAUGUGUACAUCAAUGAACACCCAGGUAUUAACAUCCUGGAGAUUAAAGGAGGGCUGAGCACCAAAGAGCUGGCUAAUGCCAUCUCCAAAACACAGACUUCAACUGAGGCUUGGGUCCAUUUCUACCCCAGUAAGGAACAGCAGAGUCAGUGUGACAGCUGUGGAGAGGAGGGCCUGAACGGAGACCUGGUCAUUGUCUAUGACGUCCACAGGAAAAAGUCCAUAGGAGACCUCAAGAAGUCAGAUGGGUAUUUUGUCCAUCACUUUGCUCCCAGUGAUCUACCACGCAUUCCAAAGAAUGUGGUCUUCGUCAUCGAUCAAAGUGGCUCCAUGUAUGGCAGGAAAAUUCAGCAGACCCGUGAGGCUUUGUUGAAGAUCCUGGGAGACCUGGCGGAGGACGACCACUUCGGCCUGAUUACAUUUGACAGCUCAGUGUCUCCCUGGAAGGAAGAACUGCUUCCUGCCAAUCAGAAAAACCUGGAGGCUGCCAAGACAUUUGUACAAAAUAUUAGAGAGAGAGGAGCCACUGACAUCAAUGCUGCGGUGUUGAGGGGCACAGACAUGCUGAACCGACACCUCCGAGAGGGAACAGCCUCUCUCCUCAUACUGCUCACUGAUGGAGACCCAACCACAGGUGAGACCAACCUGGAAACUAUCCACAAGAACAUAAAAGAAGCCAUUGAUAAGAAAUUUCCGCUCUACUGUCUCGGUUUUGGAAUGGAUGUUAACUUUGAGUUCCUGGAGAAGAUGGCGCUGGAAAACAACGGUGUGGGACGCAGAAUAUAUGAGGACUCUGAUGCUGCUCUGCAGCUGCAGGGCUUUUAUGAAGAGGUGGCCACACCCCUACUGACAGAUGUACAGAUGGUGUAUCUGGGUGGGGCUAACCUGACCCAGGCCAACUUCAGCCAAUACUACAACGGCUCUGAGAUUGUGGUAGCUGGCCAGAUCACUGACAACAACAUUGAGGAGUUCACAGCAGAGGUCAUUGCCAUAUCGAAAAGCAACAAGGUGACGUACUCAGAGACAAUACCAACAGAGGAGCCCAUUACAGCCAGGUCAGACAGCAACCUUCAGAGGCUGUGGGCCUACCUGACUGUGAAGCAACUACUGGACAAAGAGGUGCAGUUGAGCGGUAAUGAGAAAGAGACGGUUAAGAAGAAGAUCCUGGAUCUUUGUCUGAAGUACGGCUUUGUGACUCCUCUCACCUCCAUGGUGGUCACCAAACCCCAGGGGGAGGAGUCCCAGGUGGCCCAUAAGCCAAAGGAGGGAGAGACGCCCACCGAGUCAAAGCAAAACGCCCAAAUAAAUUUCAGCCAACACACCUUACCCUUACCCAGCUAUCCCAGCAAAAAAGGGCCCUAUGGAUUAAGAGGGGGGUACAUUGGAAGUCUCACGCCCCUGGGAGGGUCAUAUUUCUCUGCAAAGAUAUUAGAUGGAGCUGGAAUAACAGAAGAUAUCGAUUCAGAAGUUACAGCUGACUAUAUGGAUUACGACUUUCCACAUAAUCCAACUGAAAUUACUAUAAAAGAUAUAGGUCAAUUAUUGGAAGGCAAUCUUCCAACUCAUUCAACUAAAAUGACAACUACAACAGUAAGUCCUCUUAUUAGGUUCCUGUUGCCAGCUGAGGGUCAGGCCCUUCCACUGUGCUAUGACAUCCCUGUAGGUCUCUCACUCAGACUCCUAAAGGACCCCAACAACGAUUGUUCUAUGAAUGGUCAGCUUGGACAGUCAGACAAUGCAGGCUAUCAAAAGAUUGUUCUCCAUUACAGAAGUGAUCAACAUAUUGAUUUUGACACUACUGGCAUCACCUUCAACAAUGGACAGAAUGCCACAUAUUUCUCCUGGAGUGUGAAUAUCAACAUUGAAAAAGACAGUGUGUCUCUGAUUCUACGGGACAAAGAGAUGGACGUCACCAUGGGGUCAACACGGGUCAUCAUCAUGCUCUAUGAGAGGGAUGGAAAGGUGUUCCUGUGGCCCGUCCUGAGGCAGCGGCCAACAGGGGACAACAUUUCUGGGAUCAUGGCCCGUCCACCUGUUGUCUAUGAGGAAGUCCAGGGAACAACAAUAAAACUUAAGAUUCAGGACAAAGAAGUAGACGUCUCCAGGGCCUCUACUGUGGAUCUCAGUGUUCGUUCUGCCCCCACCGUGACAUGCUGGUUGACUCCACUUCAGUCUGCCCUACAGGGGGAGCUAGCUGACUUCACUGUAUCGCAACUCUAACUGCUCAUUAAGUUUGUUCAUGCAGAAACUACACUCUAGAAAUAUGAAGAGAAAAAUAAAGACUGUUCUAUGAGUUUACAUAACAAAUCACCUAAACUCUUUUAUGACAAAUCACCAUUAAAUAAAUAUCAUUUUUAAGCAAUUUCA